AUGACGAUAACGUCUUAUUUAUUAUUAUAUAUUGUGGGUUCAUUAGUAUUAUCUAGAUCAAAUGCUAUUCAAUGGCCAAAACCAAUUACAUAUUCAUCUUCAUCUUCGGCUCAAGUUAUUUCUGAUUUAAUUUCUCGAGUACUUGAUAAUGCUCCAUCUGCUAAACUUUUUCAAGUUUCAAUUCAACCAGAUUUAGCUGUCAACGGUAAAGAUGUUUUUGUACUUUCUAAUGGAUCAACAUCAGGUUCAAU